AUGCCUAGAGCACGGUCUGAAAUGUGGGACCACGUGAAGGAGGUAACUGACAACGACGGAAAAGUCGGCUAUGUGUGCAUUCACUGCCCUAAGGACAAACCCACUGUCAUUCCUGCAAGCGCUACACGAAUCAGAGACCACAUUUUAGGGGUCGAGAAAGCGUUACGGGUCUCUGAAUCUGUUGCGGUCCAGAACUUUCUGAACGCAUUGAAGACAGAGACGGAAGAACUCGUGCGGCCCUUGACAGAUUCUUGGGCAACGACGUCGUGCACCAUCUCAGUCGACGGAUGGUCGUGCUUGAAGAGUCGCGGCUUGGUGUGUGUGCUGGCGCACAGCGACACUGCACCAGUGAUUGUCAACAUUGUCGAUUCCAAGCUGUCGAAGAAGACAGGUUCAUACCUGUCUGAUCUCAUAAGGACGUCAAUCGUGAAGGAGGGGGACAACAAGGUGAUUCAGGUGGUCAUGGACAACGCAAGUAAUAACAAGAGUGCUGCCGCAAUUCUCAGUGAGGGUUACCCGUCGAUUUUCUUCACCAAUUGUGCUGCCCAUUGUCUCGAUCUCAUGCUCCACGACAUGGGUAAGAUCGGCAUUGUGAAGAAAGUUCUCACCCAGGUCCAUCGCAUUGUGAUGAUGGUCAAGGGAAGUGCGAGCGCUGUUGCCCUUUUCCGCACGAUCUUCAGCAAGCUUGAGCUUGUUCGGCCAGGUACCACCAGAUUUGGCACGCAGGUGAUCAUGGUCACCCGGUUCUUGGAGGUCAAGGAACAGCUUCGUCAGCUGGUCAUCAGUGACCAAUGGAAGGAGGUGGCAGUGUCUAAGACCGAAGAUGCGAAGAAAAUCCGGAAACUCCUUCUGGAUGAUAUCUUCUGGGAAUCGGUCAAAUCAGUGGCAGAAACUGAUGAUUGCCGAUCUACAAUGUGCUACGAGCAGUCGACACAAGAGCUCUUGUGA